AUAAAUAAAUAUUGUUAAAUAAUAAAUAUUUCAUGAACUAUGAUCUUAGCACAGAAUAGAAUAUAGAUUAAAUCAAUUCUGUGAUCUUAGUUGAUGAAUAUUAAAUAUUAUUUAUUUAGAAUUGUAGUCUAUUUUUAAAUUUACUGUGUCACAUAUACUGUAACUUUUGACAAUCAAUAUGGCUGCUAUAACAAAAAACAAGGGAAAACAAUCUACCAAAUACUUGAAUCUAACUGAUUUUGAACGUCUUGAAAGCCAUGUUGAGUCGGAAGGCGAUUUGUUGAUAAAAAAAUUAUCUUUGAAACAAACUGACAAACAUUUAACUCUAGAAAAGCAUUUGAGUCAAGAGCGUAAUUUUAUUACCAGUCAUGAAUACAUUUCUAUCACUGAAAUUACUAAAGGAGAAAUUACAUUGCCAGAGUUUUGUACUAAAGUCAAUGAAGCAUCUUCUAAUCAAUUAAAUUCUAAUAGUAUUCAAAAACCUUCUUUAAAAGUUUCAGAUUGUUUAAGUCGCCAUGAACGAGAAUUAGCAUUAUGCGUGAAACCUAAUAGUACCGAAACUAAACUUUUAGCAUUUGCUUUAUCAUGUGAAGCAAAUGAAAUUACUAAACUAAACAAUACUUACCCUAUCGAUCAUCCAAUCAAUCAUCUUGGUCAAAUACACAAUGAACAAUUUUCCCAUUUUAAUGCUUCACCAAUUAAAACUUCAAAAAUGAUUAGACGGAAACGAAGACAAUUACUCCAAUCUUUUAAAAAACCAAUUGAGAUACCUGAAAAACCAAUAAAACAUUAUUCUAAUCCUAAAUCUCUUUGGGAUUUAAGAGAAGAUUGUGCAGCAAACUCUGGCUUAAAAUUAUAUACGUGUGAAACAUCCAAACGUACAGAGCAAUGCAUUGGUGUGUUAGAAUUGGCAAAUGAAGAGGAUAAAAUUAAUAAUUUUUCAAACUCUAUCCAUGGUCAGCGUUUUGUUGCUAAUAACACUCAAGUUCCAAUAAAUAAUUAUACUAAAAUGAAUGAAGAUCAAUUGAAAACUUUACCUUAUUUUAAAAACUAUCAAAAAGGAAUCCCAUCAAAAAUAUUGUAUGUGAAAAAUAUUGCCAAAGGUGUUUGUGAAAAACAUUUGAUAUCUGUGUUUGGGAAGUACCAAAAGUUACAAAAUUCAGACAUAGUUUAUAGAUAUAUGAAGAAAGGAAAAAUGAAAGGACAAGCUUUUAUUGAAUUUGAAAAAACUGAAGUGGCAGAAAAAGCAUUAGAAGAAAACCUUGGACUUAUACUUGAAGAAAGGCCAUUAAUUAUUCAAUUUGGAAAGAAAUAAUUGUUGUUGAUAAUUUAAUUUUGAAGUUAAAAUUCAUUUUGAAAAUAUUCUUUUGAAAGAUAAAUCGUCGCCGUCGCACAAUACUGUUACUCGUGUAAAACGAUAAGUCAUCGAAAAAAAUAUUGCCUCCCUUAAACCUUAUAUGCAGUUAUUACACGACCAGACAAGAUAUCCUACAUCACUAUCAGACACAUUAUAUACGCGUAUUUCUAAUUGUUAUCUACUAUGGAUAUAUAUUACUAUAUAUGCGGUGCAUUUACUCUAUACAAUUAUGUAAUUGCGUUGUAAUAAUACAAGCAUGUAUGUAAUUACACGGCUUAUGCACUCAUAUGUUUGAUACAAAAAUACAUAUUUUAUAUUAUGUAAAUAAUAUACAGAUAUAUGUGCAUAUAGGUGAUGAUCGCAACUUACGUAAUACGAUUUCAAAAUUGCCCGAUUAAUAAUACAAAACAGCGUCAAAAUGUGUUGUGGAAACGGACGGAUGUAAACUUCACUUGCUAUAACAGUAUAAUAUUUAUAUAUAUAUUAUGACGUCAGUAGAAAUCCGCGAGAACCAUAAUACAUUUAUGCUGUACGACGAGUACCGCCUAAUAUUAUACCGAAUGACGAUGACGUAUAAACCCGCGUCGUUGGUGUUAAAGUGAUUUUCGUUUUUAAGUACCUCAUAAUCGGUGGAUUUACUGAAUUAUCGUAAAAUAGAUUCACUAUUUUUGUGUAGUUUACUAUCGUGAGUGUACAUACGCAUACUAUCCAUUCGUUUUAAAAGGUAAUCUAUUAAAGCUUAUACAUUAUUUUGAAAAGUUCUAAGUUUUUACUGUUUUGAAUAACAUAACUAAUAUUUUUGAUUUCAUAUUCCAAAAUAAACUAUUUUUUUGAGUACUUCGAUACAUAAAUGUAUAAAAAUCAAAUUUUUAACGAUAUUUAGUUAUAACUUAUAAGUAUUUAAAAUUUACAAUUUCAAUGAACCAGUGAAUAGUGGCCUAACAUUUUGUGAGGUUACCCUUUACCAAUCAACUCCGCUCAUCUAAAUUUUAAAUUGUUAUGAUAACUAACUAAUAGCGUUAUCAAUGUAUUGUAAUAUUGUGAUAAAUAUUCUACUUAUAGAAAAAUUAAAAUUAAAAAAAAUACAGAUUUUUUUUUAUUUAUUUCCUUUUAAACAUAUACCUAAUAGUUAAUUUAGUGUAUAAGUAUUUACGCAUUACUUGUUUCGCUGUUUAAUAUUUUGAUGUACAUGUUGUUUUUUUUUUUGUAUUAUAUGCUGUUGAAAGUUGAAACUAUAUAAUAAAACAAUUAUUUAUCAAUUAUUACUAAUACAACAGCAUAUAAAUCUCUUACGUGAGUCUUACGUGUUAGUAAACUUUGUUGAAUAUUGUUUAUCUCUAAGAUGGUUAUGUUAUAUUAUACUAUUGAAUUGAUCUAGUAACCAAAUAUUAUAUUAUAUAUACCCGUUAAUAAAAUAUAUUUUAAUAUUUUUUA